UCGGCGACUUUGAUUUGACAAGCUCACAGGCACUAUGCAUUGCGAUCGAUUUGUUCGAUGAUCCAACAUCAUCAGCGAAAAAAACGUAUAAAUCAUAUACGUGCAACAUCAAAAAGUUAAAUCAAGACUCAGAACGGCGACACUGACAUAUUUUUCGAAAUGAGCAAGCCGCGCAAACAUGAUCAGAUCGCUGAAUGUAGUGACAAGGACAAAAACCGCUCCCCUGGCGCAUUGAACAAUCGUAAGCAGCAGAAGUGAAUAAGCCAACUAUGGAAGCGACCACGUGGGUUUCUGAUACGGACACUUCUGUCCUGGAAGACGUCGAUGAUGUGGGUUACUUCCACGAAGAAAUGGCCACCUGGCUCAUCAUAUGCAUUGCAAAAGUAUCGCACUAGUAUAAAUCGCAUGACAAAUUUCCUCAGAAUGUAAAAUGGAAUUUGUCAUGCUGAUUUACCUUUGGAAUCAGAUUUGUCAUGCAUGUCUGCGAUUACUUAGUACGAUGCUUUUGCAUUUGAUACACCAACGGCUCCUACUACACCAUGCUGGUUUUGCUGUUUCUCAUCGCGCUCGCCUGGCUGAAAUACCGGGGAGACAUUCUUCGUUUUGCCCAGAGCCAGCGACCCCAUGUCGGUGCUGCUGCGGUUAGCAGUGGCACGGCCGGGGUUGUGGUUCAGCAGCAACAGCAGGUUGCUAGUACUAGUUAGGGGGCCGGAGCAGGAGUGUCGAGUGGGAGCGGUGGUGCUGGUGCAGCAUCAACAACAUUGAGCGCUUCGGGGAACGCAACGCCAACGCCCACGCACAUAUCCGCGAGCUUCAGCGGUGUAGCGGGGGCCAGUAGCACCGGCUCUUCGUCUUUUUUCGGACACAUUAGCGGGGGAGUCGUGCCAACUGGUGGUGGAACUGCCGGAAUCAGUGCAGCCAAUGACGGGAACAUCAAAACGAGUAAGGGAUGAUGAAGAUAACGAGGCCACCCGGCGCAACGGCAGGAGCGCCGCCGGUUGCAGGUGCAGCGGGUCAGCGUUAUGUCCUCGGUGCAGCGGGUCAGCGGGUCACCGACGAGAUGAAGAGACGAACAUCUUCGAAAUCGACGUCACUGCAAUUUGGCGUGGCGUGGACCGAUGAAUGGCAUCGCGUUGUUGAAUGCCGUCGGUGCUGCUCCUGCGAAAGCUACUUUGUGUGGAAGUGGAAUUUGGCACGAGUACAACAAGGAACAAAAACAAGGUAGUAAGUUCGGCUGUUGACCAUUGAUUGCACACAACAACGUUGAAGAAGGAGGGCGGACGACACUGAAGGCAGAAUGGACGAACGGCAGCGAAGCGUGUUGGUGGGCGAGACCCGCUGGGGCUUUGAUGUCCUCCACGCCAAUUACGUAUCACGAUGCGAGUUGAAGGAGCAUACCCCUUCUACAAAACUGCAACAUGCAACAAGAGCCAGGGCCACGCAGCGCGCCUUUCCAAGCAGAACCUCUUUUUCGACGCGCGCGUUGCGACGGAGAAAAGGUUGCUAAACUGCACUCUGAAACUACGAAGACGAUCACGAUGCCAGCGACCAGCAUUACGUAGCAACACUUCUGCAACUAGUGAGUCGUUGCUAUCCGAUUUUCACAUCCUCCUCCAGAGACGAGCUUCUUGUACGAGAUCAUCGCGAACAUGCAAUCACGAAGAUGAAAUUGAAAAACAAAUACAAAAAAUAGACGGGAGUCCGAAUUUUUCUAAUUGGAUAAUAUUCUCGCGAUGAAGCUCAAGCUGCGCCUCCAGCUGCGUCGGCUGAGUGAAUUUGCAUAAGUCGAGUCGAUGUCGAUAACUGGUAAUAAAUCUUCAAAAUUGAGUAGACCCAAUCCUAGCACAGCUGGUCUCAUGAUGUUGUGCGUUGUUCAGUUUUGCUGUUCAAAUAGGUUUACGUAUGAAAUGUAUGUGUAUGGUGCACAUCCUGAUCCUUCUCGUUCACGUUUAUGUUGAAUUUGUCCAUGGAUGAUGAGCCGAAUCUUCGUAUGAGUGUGAGCGAUUCUUUGUUGUAUCCCCACUUCGUGUGAGAAAGUGUGCCGUGGUGUAACUUUACCGAGCUGUACGUAGGGUCGUAUUUGUUCUUGUGUUUUACCUUCUGUUACCCGUGACUGGUGUCAUGCUCCUACCUUUCCGUGAGGUGAGUGAUGUGAAUCGUAAACGACGUCGUGGUAAAAAA